UCAAACACUCGCUCGAGCGAGAGAGUCGAAGACUAAAGUCGCCAACUGUGUUAGUAAGGGAAGGUGACGCCACUCUCUGUUUCGGUUCUGGGCUUCUCUUAUUGUUUCCGAAAAAUGGGAUCUUUCAUCUUCUCGUUCUCGGUUCUUGGUUUGUGUUCAAGAGAGAGACAGAGAGAGAGAGAUGUAUCUUGCUAUGAAUCUUGUAAAGAGUACUUUUGUUACAUCGAUUGAAUCUGUUGUUUUUGAUCAGUUCUUGUUCUUAAAGAAGAAUCCAAACGUCGGUUACUGUCUCUCUUCUUAGAUUUUAAAACUCUGUUUUUUGAUAUUGUUAAAAUUGUCAAAAUUGUGUUCUUGGGAAUGGUUAUUUUAUGAACAUGACAUGUUCGACGUUUUGCCUCUAAACGCAGAAGAAGUAAAAGACGGUUCUGGGAGUUGUAUCAAGCUCCAAUCUUGAUCCAUGCUCAGUAUCAAUGAGGGGUAAUAUGCUCCGGGUUUACCCAUCUCCUCUUGCAACUUACGAGCAAGUCGUGGCUGACAAGGAUCUCUUCAUGUCUACAUUGUCAAACUUACACUCUCAAAUGGGUACAAAAUUUUGGAUUCCGAAGGUAAGAUUUGAGGAUAUGGACUUGCAUAAGGUUUUUUGCGAGGUUACUUCACGUGGUGGAAUCGAACAGAUAGUUAGAGAACAGAGAUGGAAGGAUGUAUUUGAUACGUUUAACUUCCCCAAAUCACAACGAAACCCCAUCUUUAUCCUACAUAUGCGCAGACUCUACUACUCGCUACUUCACAACUACGAGAUCAUCUACUUCUUCAAAGCUCGUGGCCUGUUUCCUCUAUUGACCGGAUUUGUGUAUGGAAAAAAUGAGAGUGGUUAUCUUGUUACUUUCACAAUGGGAUCAUGGAACCUGGAAGGAGUUUUGUAUGAGUCUACAGAGAACAGAGUUACUCAAGACCUACAGAGACAGAGCUAUGAUAUUUUCCCCAACACUUUGACUGAUAAAGCCAACCCUCAAGAGCUUUUUAAAACAAAACGCAUUCAGUGGGACAAGGCCAUUAAACAGAAGAAAAUAGAGAUUAUUAUUGAUGCUUUGCCGCUGCAACAAUGGCUUCCCAAGGAGAACACUGAAGCUGAUGUUCUAAUGCAAGAAUCGGAGGAAAAUGAAGAUGAGGAAUACUAUUCUGAUUCCGAAGUGGAAGAUCUGUCUCUUUGGGCUGAGCAAACGACUCAUAUGGAGAAAGCCAGUGACUUGAUGGUGGCCGUUCCUGUGACUGGAGUGUUGGAUGGAAUAUUUGAUAGUGGUUAUUUUGUUACUGUUACAAUCGGAUCAGAGAAGCUGCAAGGAGUUCUGUAUCCCCAGUCUCCUCUACUCAACACAGUUACCCAAGAGAAGCUCAAUGCAGAGGAAAAAGCGAUUAACAAAGGGAUGGAAGUAGUGGAGGAUAAACCGCCCUGUAGCAGAGAAAAUGGAAGAUCACAACCAUGAGAAGCUCAUCACUGAUCACAACCAAGCCCUCUUUGAAGAUGACUUGAUGGGCACGUCUCAGAUGGAUCAUCACUGAUCACAACCAUGAGAAGCUCAGUUGGAACAGUUUUGCUUGUACUCUUUUCCUUAUAGUACAUAUUGGUUUUGAAACAUGAUAUAGCUUUAGAUAGGUUACUUCUAGCACAAUAUAUACUUAGGCUUUAGGGUUUGUUGUAGCGUUUCAAUUUUGUUCCUUUUAACCGAGCUAUAAAAACCA